GUGGUUGUACAGUAAAGCGAUUCUGUUUGUGGACAGUUCCGUUAUGCUGUUUAGGGUUAACUCAUGACUAAGGCCUAAACUUGUCUCAGUACCUGUAAGGCCACGUUUGAGUCGGUGAGUCUGUAGUUUAGUUUUAGCCAUAGCUAACAGAACUAGCUAAAGUUACCUGCACUGCUUUCAGUUUCCACGGAGCUAACACAGGGACAGCCCUCUCUUCUCCCGGUCAGGAUGCUCCUUACUGUUUUGUUGUGCACCCUGUCGCUCACUACCAUGGGCCAGGAGGUGGAAAACGAGUGGCUCGACCCUUACGAUAUGCUCAACUACGAUCCAAUCACCCAAACGAUGAAGAAGCCUGCUGAGCCAGCAAGCUAUGACAAUGUGGCCACCAAAAGAAGAGAGUACAAUCAGGACUGCAGCCAGGCUGAGCUGACGUCCUGCAUCAAACAAGUGGAGGACCUAGAGAAACAGAUUGAAGAUCAAAAGAAGAUGAUCACGUUCCACUCACAGCAGCCAACAUGCAGUCCAGUGUUCAAGAGAUUCCUCAGCAGACUACUGAAGGAAAUGCAAAGAGUCGGUGUGCCCAGUGACUCUACAGAUGUCUUUUAUGAUGCCAAAGUCAAAUUGUCCAAACAAACCAUGACAGAGAUCCAGACACUUCUGGAGGGUGAAGACAGAUGGAGAACAGGCGCUCUGGACAAUGCCAUCAGUCAGAUACUCGUGGAUCUUAAAGUGCAUGAUUAUGAGGCCUGGAAGUGGCGAUUUGAAGACACCUUUGGCAUGGAACUGGACACAUUAUUAAAAAUCGGGUUAUUUGUCCUGAUCAUAGUAGCCACUAUCAGCACCCAGCUGUGGUCAGUGGUCUCCUGGUUUGUACAGUUCAAACGACUGUUUGCUGUGUGCUUCUUCGUCAGUAUUAUCUGGAACUGGUUCUACUUGUACAAGAUUGCCUUUGCUGAGCACCAAACCAAUAUAGUGAAAAUGGAGGGAUUCAAUGCAAAAUGCACUGGAGUGAAGCAAAUUGAUUGGAGUGACAGUCUGAAAGAAUGGUUUAGAAGCACUUGGACUCUUCAAGAUGACCCUUGUAAGAGAUACUAUGAAGUUCUUAUGGUCAACCCCAUCCUGUUGGUACCUCCAACCAAGGCAAUCUCAGUUACCAUCACAACCUUUAUCACAGAGCCACUAAAACACAUCGGCCAGGGAAUCAGUGAAUUUCUUCGAGCGCUCCUCAAAGACCUACCAGUUACCCUGCAGAUCCCAGUCCUCCUCACUAUCGUGAUUGCCAUUGUGGUAUGCAUGUAUGGAAGUGUGCAGGCAGCCUUCCAGCAUGGCAUCAUGGCACCUCUUCGUGGCCCUCGAAGGGAUCCACCACCACCAGAGCUGGUGCAACCUCAGCCUCAACCUCAACCUCAACCUCAGCCUCUUCUGAGGAUUGAGGAGCGUGAUCCUUUUGGAGGAGAGAACGCACCUCCACAGCAACAUGCCCUAAGGCCCAGAGCAGAUGAAGCUAGAUUAAACAGGAAUCAAGUGUAUCAGAGGAGACCCAACGGGCCCCGGGAACAGCCAGUGCAGCUGAUAGUAGAGACACUAAGAACCGCUGAUCCUCAGUACAGUGAGGAUGACACGGAUGCUGAGCGGCCCGAGGUAGUUCCUGAAGCAGGGAAUCUGGCUCAGCAGAAUCCCUCUGCUGAGCCAGAUUCUGAAAACCAGCAGGAGCCACAAGAACCACCACAAGCAGAGAAUGAUAGCAGCGUUGAUGCAAACAAGGCCAAACCAGAGCCGAAAGCCGCUCAGUCAGAUUCAUCUCAGUCAAAGGAUAAACCUUCAAAAGGGACUGAGAACCUUUCUGUAGAUCAACAAAACACAGAUGUUGUAGCACUGAGACUUCAGCCUGGAGAGAGGCAGCCUGUUGAUGAGCAUUGUGCGUUCACUAAUGGGAAGGUGAAUAAUCACAUGCAACAUAAAUUGCACACAGAAGCCUCACCUGAAGACACGGACUCCUCGCUGCAGCACUCUAUAAAUUUUAAAGCUCCUGUUCAGGAGACAGGUCCAUUGGUGGAAUAGAAGGUGCCAUUAGUGCUGGGUCCUUUUUGGUGGACAUUUAUGGCAAGGAUAAUGAAUGCACCUGACUGACUGACUUACCGACAUUGUUGGAAGUGUGAAUCAACAGCACUGUGGGAUUACCACCAUGCAGUGUGGUUAUCUUGCUGCUCUGAGGUCAUCUGAAUAUGACUGUACUCGUGGGAUAACUGCUCAUUAUCUCAGGAUAUUUUCUUCUUUUUUUUUUUUUGCCAGUGAGUUCCGAUUUACACUUGGCAAACCAUUCGGUCAAUUACACAGCACCAGACUGGAACCAGUAAAAGGGAAUGGGAAGUGUUUCUAACAGUGGUUGUGUUUUUUUUUUUUUGUUUGUUUGUUUUUGUGCUGCAAUAAUGGAUAAUUUGUUUAGAUUUUGAAGUUUUAACUACAGCAUGACCAAUGAUGCAUUUUAGGACUAAUGAAGUUGCAGACUUUUAAGGAGUAAGAAGGUCUGAUAUUUGUCACUGGCCAACCAAUAUAUCAGUUGGACUCUAGUUUAAAUUUCUACUGUUUUUAAUUUACUUGGGUGAACAUGGUUUCUUUGUGCUGUCAGAUAUUUUUAUGACUGUUUUCCUCUUUAUAGGAAUGCUACUACUAAAGUUGGUUUUGCAUAUCUUUGAUAUCUCCUCAUUUUCUGAGGAAGGACAAACUGGCUGUUUAAAGCAUAACUGUUGUUAGCUGGGUGCAGUGAAAAUGCUUGCAUUUCUUAAAUUUAGAACCAAUUUAGACAAAAAAAAACUUAUUUACAGCCAUAAAUGAAUACUGUAUCUUGAAAAAUAAAUUAAGAAUAUUAAUACUCUUACAAAAAACAAGUACAUGUUAAAUGCCUCCUGCAGCAUUCUGCUUCAAUUCAGACACAAGCAGCAGUGCUCAAAGCUGCACUUAAUGUUUCAGCUCUUUUUUUUUUUUUUAAAUUGUAGAGCUGCAGCAUCUCGCUGCUUGUUUGCGCUCAACUGUCGUCACUUAUGUGCCAAGGUUCACUGGUAUACUUGGCCAAUACUGCAGUUUAGUUUAUGGCUCUUAAAAAGCUAAAGAGCCGGACCUUUCCCUCUCAACUUUAGAAAAAUAAAUAUUGGACUUAAGGUUGCCAGGAUGAUAGAAAUACAGCUGCAAAUGAUUUAUAAUGUUCUCUCCUGUCUGCUGGAUGCAAGCAGCCAAUUGUGCCAAAAUAUCAGCUUCAUGAGCCUGUAAACAAGGCAUAUUUGAUAUGACGUUAACUUCCUCGCUCUGUGUUCAAUGGAAAAAUAAAGUGCUGUCAUAUCUUCCUUG